CGGGUCCAACAUAAAUAUAUGAUUCCUAGUAAACUCUUGGCUUCAUUCAAAGAAACAAGAAAAACGGUGCGUUUUUGUCAGGGAAAUGGGUCUUUGGACUUUACUUGAGGGGUUUCUUCUUCUUGCAAAUGCGCUAGCAAUAUUAAAUGAGGACCGCUUUCUUGCACCUAGAGGAUGGGGCUUCCAAGAUUUCUCAGGUGGAAGGACUAAGUCGUUCAAAGGCCAGCUUAUAGGCCUCAUUUAUGCAACUCAGUACCUCAGAGUUCCUCUCAUACUUCUCAAUUCCAUCUGCAUUUUUCUGAAGUUGGUGUCUGGCUGAUGCUUGACAAGAUGUUUACUUCUUAAGUAUUGCAUGUUCAGGAGUUUUUGUCAGAUGAUUUCACGAAGGUCUUUAAGAUAGUAGGUUUGCCAAAUUCCACUGGAGACAUAUCAAUUGAAAUAUUUGUCCUGUUUUUUGUGACUUUAUUUAUUGCCACAAAAUAGUGUUCUUCUUUACAAUAGUAACAUAGGAAGGGCAUCAUGAUUUUCAAUUCAGAGUUGUAUUCAAUUUAUUGAGUAUCAAUUAUCAUUUCUCAUUUUUUUUUGUUC